AUGCAGGCCAUUGUCGGGCAAAGCUGCCGUGUGACGUUCACGGACGAUGGCCAGUGGCUGGUGACUGGGAACCAGCAGUGGUUCAUCUUCUUACUGGAUUCGAUUUCGGGCGGUUUUCGUGGUGCUCAAGAAAUUGCCAGCUUCGAAAAUGGACGAUUCCAUGUGAAGCAAACCUUCCAGUCUUUGCCACUAGGCUCAAUGUUGCAGAUGUGGCCGCAGAUGACGAUCCGACAAAUUUGCUGGACGACGAAAGAUGCCCUGCCGCCAAUGACCGACACAGGCUUCCCAGCCUUGCAUGAGAGCACCUCCCGACUGAAGCCGUUGCGGACGCCCAAACAAGUGGAUGAUUUGGAUAUACAGGCAGCCGAGCGGUUGCUUCAAAAGUGGACCGGCAACAACAGUCUCUUUGCAGCCAUGAAGCUGUGGAAUGCGGUCCGCAAGCCCAGAGGAAGCUGUGCUCUGCAAGAAUGUCUCCAUAAAGAUGCUAAUCACGCCGAGAGCCUCGCGCAAGCCUUACUGUUCCACGCUCGACAUCUUGACGUCCCACUGGCCGACAUUGCCCAGGACCAGCAUGGACAUUUUUGCCUACAGCUGGUCCUGUGUCUGACGGGAAGCGAGACCACCGGCAAGCUCUUCGACGCCUUGUUGCCCCAAGCCAUCAGCCUGGCCAAAGACAGUCGCGGAUGUCGCUUUUUACAAUGCGCCGUGUGCGGAAACAAUUGUGCAACCAGUCAAGCCGAAUUGGGCAGCACCUUCUUGAAGCACGACAUCAACACGCUCUUGAAAGACCGCUAUGCGAAUUUCGUGGUGCAAACCUUGGUCCUCGCCCUGGACGACCUGAGCUUGCUGCGCGUCUUGCUACUGGAGAUACUGACUGAUUCGAUGCUGGCCUGGAUGCUGGGAAUCUGGCAAACUGGCGGCAAAGCCAACAAAGCAGACAGAAAGCUGUACUUGCACGCAUGGCUGCUGCUGCGACAUGUUGCCGAGUCUGGAGGCCAAAGUGCAGGCUGCGUCCUGGAAAUUUUGAACGAUUCCGAAGUGUUUGCCAACGGUGCAAACUCGAACUUCCAGACAGCAUUGACGGCUAAAGAGCGCACAUGA